UAACACUAUCCUGAUUUACUGAUGAAAAUUUAGGACGCCAGGAUUUUGGGAAGUCCCCGAUUACAGACAUGAGAGACGAAUGUGCACCACCUACAGGCAGAACGUGUUAUUUUCCCAGUAUGUAUACCUGUAUAUCUGUUUGUGACAUGCGGAUAUUUUGCUUUUUCUCUUCUCUCCUGUUCAUGUAGCAUUUUCACUUAACUCCAUCUUAUUAGAAUGCCUUUCUUUUUUAGGUGUUCAACGUCCCAACUUUUAUUUUGAAGGAAAGGGAACACGACAAGAGUUUCCAUAAUAUCCGUUUUACCCGGAAGUUUUAACUGCGUUCUCCAGUUCUGUAUGAAAGGUCUGAAAGUUGUAUUUUGUUCAUUGUUUAGGCGAUUUUAAGCCAUGAAAAUGGCGUGGGAAAGCAAAGGUUCCACUCUUCCCCCGGCCUCCUUACAUCUCCUGGUUCCUCCAGUGAGACUCAUGUCUGCUUUCGUAUGGCAAAUAAUGCAGCAGCACAGUGUGAUGCAGUAUGACAAGCUGGUGGAUUUCAUCGGUUUGGUGACAGAGAUUGUCCCAGAGCUCCUGAGUCCCAGUCAGAGAGCUCAGCUCAUCCUGGGCCUGAGAGCGAGGCUGGUUCUGGAGCUGUGUCGUGGUGAUGGUGUCGCCAACUUGCAGACCAUCCAGAGCCACCUGGAUAAAAUCCAUGCCUGUAGUGCUGAACUGAGCUCCACUGGUCCAGAUGGUAGGCUUUUAAUUCAGAGAAAAACAUGGACAACAUGGCACACAUACAUUUAGAAACCCAGGGCUUUCUGAUACUGCUAAAUAAGUAAUGGAAAUGGUAGGAAAUGAAUAUAUGUAAUAUCAUCACUGUAAUAACCAAUUUAAGUUUUUAUGAAUACAAGCUUUGUAUAAAUGCAGCAUUAGGAUGAUUAAAUUAAAUUAAAAUCCAAAGUGGUUGAAACCUCCCUCAAUUUUUUGUUGUCCACUUCUUGAUAGGCCAGUGGUGAUAUCCUGAAGACCUCAUACACCAACUUUGCCAGCCUGGUUCAGAACCUUUUGAAUGUUCCUUUUGAAAAAGACUUCUUCUUCCAAGAGGUUUUUCCAGUAAAUUACGGCUCUGCCUACGAUCAAAGACUGCAGCAGCUGGUGUCUGAGUUCCUGUCCAGGCUGGAGCAGUUGCUGCCCAUACCUGACCUGCAACAGACAGCAGCAGGGCUCACUGACACAGCAUUGGUGUCAGAAGAACUGGGACAGCAUCUGUCUGAACCCUGUACCCUGAAGAAUCUGCUGCUUCAUCACAGACAGCUUGGUACUCUCAGCACAGCUCCACCAAGCAGUGAGGAAGAUAUCCUUCUGCCCACACUGGCCCUCCCUUGUCAGUCUGGAGUGGGGAGGUUCACUGAGACAUACGGCGAAGACAAUGAUGAUUAUGACAGUGGGGAAGAGAUGCUGGCAUUGGAGGAUUUAGAAGAGGAAGACUCGAGUCACAGUUCAGAUGUUGCUGCAGAUGAGUGGUUGCCAAAAAAGGAAUCAGGUCGUCUGUCAUGUUUAUACAUCUGCCCUCAGUGUUCAUUUGCUCAUCGCCUAAAGAGGAAGGUCCAGGAGCACAUCCAGAGUGAGCACCAUACAACAGUUCCCAUUCAGAAAAAGUUAUCUGUGAAAAAAGCCAGUGCAAAGACUCGGCAGAAAAGUAACGGCUUGAACAAUGAAAAAAAGCAAGUAGAAGGUGACUCGGAGAAAAGGAGGAAACGCAAACAAAAAGAAGGUGGAGGUAGGUGGAAGCAGGAACGAAAGCAAAAGAAAGACAACUUGGAAAACAAGGAACGACGGAGACGGAAAGAGCCCACGGGGGAAGACAAAAGGUUUCUGAGCACGCGAGCGGUAAACAAAAAUUUCACAGAGGAAGAAACUAAAUGCCUUAAGUGUGAGAAGAUAUUUGAACAUCCAAAUCAACUGAUGACCCACAUGAAGCUCCACAGCUUCCGGUACCACUGCAGCCAAUGUGAGAAGGGAUUCACCAGCCCAUCGGGAUAUUAUCAGCACCAGAGACUCCACAAGAGGGGACGAAUAUUUGUCUGCAGCCAGUGCAGCAAGGGAUUCUUGUGUAAUUAUUCGCUCAAGCAGCAUGAGCGCCUGCAUGAAGGCCCCUCCAAUCUGUGCACCAUCUGUGGGAAAAGCUUCAGCAAAACAGGCAUUUCAAGACACAUGCAGAUGCACAGAGGGGAGAAGAAUUUCCUUUGCACCACAUGUGGGAAGUCAUUUUUGUCCUCAGGGGAGCUGCUCUUGCAUACUCGGUCUCACACGGGCGAGACGCCGUACACCUGCAUGCACUGUGGGAAGGGUUUCUCCACCAAGAGCCACCUAAAUGUCCACACGCGCUCUCAUACAGGGGAACGUCCGUACCUGUGCACAGAGUGCCCCAAGCGUUUCCUCACGCUGAACUGCCUGAAGAGACACACACUCAGCCACAACGGGGUGAAACCAUUUAAGUGUCCAAACUGUGAGAGAGAAUUCUCCCAGCAGGGAAAUCUGAAAAGACAUUUGGCAACUCAUAAACCUGACAUGUAAUGUAUAGUUUUAUUUGUCAGAAAUUUAGAAUGUGGUCAUGUAUAAUACCUCUUUUUUUAAAACCUGUACAAAACUGUAAUGGUGAAGCCUCUUUACGUCAAACAUCGUUUGAAUACCUCUA